CGUCAAUCGUCAGACGGAACAGUAGAGAGAGAGAGAGAGAGAGAGAGAGAGGAAAUGGCGGAAAGAGGACAAACGAGCCAGCCCAUGCUCGCUGUUGACUACAACUGAGCUGUCUUCUUCAUUCAUCUUCAUCUUCAUCUUCUUCUUCGAGUGAUCUUGGUAGCUUGCUGCUGUGCUCCGGAGGAGAGACGGAGCUCUUCGAAGCGCUCAGCGAUGACGGAGAUUAACAAGGCCGAUGCCUCUCAUCAGCUCCGUCUCAUCGUCCCCGAUCCCGACCUCCCCGGCGAGAAGCUCCGCGAGAGCCGGCGCGUGGCAUCGCUUGACAUCUUCAGAGGCCUCACUGUCGCGUUGAUGAUUUUGGUGGACGAUGCUGGAGGAGAACGGCCGAUGAUUGGGCACGCGCCAUGGAAUGGUUGCAAUCUUGCUGAUUUCGUGAUGCCUUUCUUUUUGUUCAUAGUAGGAAUGGCCAUUCCACUUGCAUUCAAGAGGAUACCGGAUAAGCCUAGAGCCAUUUGGAAGGUGAUAUUCCGAACUAUUAAGCUCCUGUUUUGGGGUGUGUUGCUACAAGGGGGAUACUCGCAUGCUCCUGACAAACUGACAUAUGGUGUUGACAUGAGAAUGAUAAGGUGGUGUGGCAUUCUGCAGAGAAUUGCUCUUGCUUAUCUGGUGGUGGCGCUGAUAGAAAUUUUAACGAAAGAUGGACAAGCAAGGGAUGUAUCACGGAACUGGUUCUCUGUCUUCAAGAUGUACUGGUGUCACUGGAUGUUUGCUGCAUGUGUUAUUAUUGUUUACUCUGCCGUCCUUUACGGAUCAUAUGUACCUGACUGGGAAUUUGCAGUUACUGAUACAGAAAGCGUCAAUUAUGGGAAGAUAUACAAGGUUGCUUGUGGUACUAGAGGAAAACUGGAUCCUCCAUGUAAUGCAGCAGGAUACGUGGACCGGACAGUUCUGGGAAUUAACCAUAUGUAUCAACAUCCAGCAUGGAAGAGAUCGAAGGAUUGCACUUUGAAUUCCCCAUACGAGGGACCAUUCAGGGAUGAUGCACCCAAAUGGUGCUUUGCCCCUUUCGAACCUGAAGGAAUUCUGAGCUCAAUAUCUGCUAUUCUCUCCACUAUCAUCGGUCUGCAUUCUGGUCAUGUGCUUGUACAUUUUAAGAAUCAUACAGCUAGAUUGAUGCAGUGGGUUCUCAUGGGGCUCUCUCUGCUAAUUCUGGGAAUAAUUUUGUGUUUCACUCACGCCAUCCCUUUAAAUAAGCAGCUGUACACAUUCAGCUAUGUUUGUGUAACAGCGGGGGCUGCAGCUUUAUUGUUCUCAGCAUUCUAUGUUCUGGUGGAUAUUUGGAACUUAAAGAUCCCUUUCCUUCCACUCAAGUGGAUCGGCAUGAAUGCUAUGCUUGUCUAUGUAAUGGCAGCAGAAGGCAUCUUUGCAGGAUUCAUAAAUGGGUGGUAUUACAAAGAUCCCCACAACACACUGGUUCACUGGAUUCAGAAGCAUGUGUUCAUCGGAGUGUGGCGUUCGAGAAGAGUGGGGAUUCUACUUUAUGUCAUCUUUGCGGAAAUCCUCUUCUGGGCCAUUGUAGCAGGCGUUCUGCAUCGGUUCGGCAUACAUUGGAAGCUCUGAUUUCUCGAAACAUCCCUUUCACACACUCCGUGCUCUAGUGGCAGUAGCUGCUGUUCGAAUCACCACUCGACAGUCACUUCAUCUUCUGCUAAGCAUAAAUUCAGUGUAUAUUUCUACUGUUAUUAUUAGAACCGAGUAAAUUUCUGAGCUUCGUAGGCAAGUUCACAUGUAAUUGUAAUUAAAUUGGGUCAUCAUAUAGAGAUAUUUAUGCGUGUAUCGGAUAUAAGCUUUGGUAA